ACCAGCAGGGGGCAGAGUGCGCAGCUGUCUGUGAGCAGAGCAGAGAAGAAGAAGAAGGUCACAGAGCUCCGAGACAGCUGCAGAGAGUCCAGUCCAGUCCAGACCGCUGCAGUCUGCCAGUCCAGUCCGGACCGCUUCAGUCUGCCAGUCCAGUCCGGACCGCUUCAGUCUGCCAGUCCAGUCCGGACCGCUGCAGUCUGCCAGUCCAGUCCGGACCGCUUCAGUCUGCCAGUCCAGUCCGGACCGCUUCAGUCUGCCAGUCCAGUCCGGACCGCUUCAGUCUGCCAGUCCAGUCCGGACCGCUUCAGUCUGCCAGUCCAGUCCGGACCGCUUCAGUCUGCCAGUCCAGUCCAGACCGCUUCAGUCUGCUUCAGAGGGGCCAUGUCUCCACAUCUGAAGCUCCUCCUCUCUGCUCCCAAACAUCUGCCCACACAUCGCUGCUGCUCUGGAUACGUCUCCAGGAUGAGAUAUCUGAACAGACUGAAGGAGGAUGAUGAAGCGUGUGCUGCAGCGCUGCAGGACGGUCGUGUUUUCCUGUUCCACCGUUUGUCUCCUCUACUGCAGCGCAGCCAGAGAGGAACCUUCACACCAGCAGCAUUUACCUGUACAGACGUUCAGUCCGUCCUGCAGAGACUGGGAUCAGACUCCGCCCUGCUGAAGGAGUCCGUUCUGAUUGGCUGCUCUGAACAGAACCAGGCUCAGUUCUGUUUGGACGUUGGAGAUCUGGACCAGCCUGCAGCAGAAGAAGAGCUCAAAGGGAAGUUCAUCGACCUGAGGAAAGCCUUCUUCCUCCUGAGGGGAGGAGAGGCGCCUCUAGUGGCCAAGGGUCAGGCUCUGCUGCGCUGGCACCAGACCAGCAGAUUCUGCAGCUCCACGGGCCAGCCCACCACCAGGAACCAGGCAGGAAGUCAGCGGGUCUGCAGCAGCAGCGGCAUCAUCUACUAUCCAAAGAUGGCUCCCGUGGUCAUCGUCCUGGUGUCCGAUGGCGAGCGCUGUCUGCUGGGUCGACAGGCGUCGUUUCCUGCAGGACUCUACAGCGCUCUGGCUGGUUUCUGCGACAUGGGUGAGACUCUGGAGGAAACUCUCAACAGGGAGCUGGCGGAGGAGGUCGGUCUGGAAGUGGACAGCGUCUCCUACAGCUCCUCCCAGCACUGGCCUUUCCCUCACAGCUCCUUCAUGGUCGGCUGUCACGCCUCUGUUAGCCCCACCCACUCUCAGUUAAAGGUCGACCACACGGAGCUGGAGGAUGCUCGCUGGUUCACUCUGGAGGAAAUCACCGCCGCCCUGCAGGUGAAGACUCCGCCCAGGAAAGGUGACACCCCCAGCCUCUGGCUGCCUCCAAAACACGCCCUCGCCAACCGGCUCAUAACGGAGUGGGUGGAGCGCCUGAGAUUCGGCAAAGAGAGGGAGUAAACUCACUGAGAAGCUUCAACCAGACUGCACAUCAUCAGACAGAGUGUGACAUCACAGGACUAGAGGUCAUGUGACGACCAGGCUGAUUCAGAACACUUAUAAAGGGACAGGAGUCGUCCCAUCCUUUAUUUGUUUAGUUUCCUGAUUUACCGUUUAAACAAACGUUGGCUGGAGCUGAUCCUAAAGUCCAGUUCAGACCAGAGACUCACGAUGAGACGCUUUUAGGGUGAUGGCAGCGGUCCCAGCUGUCUGAACGGUCAUAGCUCAGAUCAGACCGUCUGAUGAUGUCAUUCUCUAAAGCCUAUUUAAGACUUAAAAGGAUGACAUCAAGUUCAUAGGCAGGGAUGGAAUGUUUAUGAGCUUUAAUGACAUCAUGCUCAAAGGCAAGGAUGGAAUGUUUAUGAGCUUUAAUGACAUCAUGCCCAAAGGCAAGGAUGGAAUGUUUAUGAGCCUUAAUAACAUCAUGCUCAAAGGCAAGGAUGGAAUGUUUAUGAGCUUUGAUAACAUCAUGCUCAAAGGCAAGGAUGGAAUGUUUAUGAGCCUUAAUAACAUCAUGCUCAAAGGCAAGGAUGGAAUGUUUAUGAGCUUUGAUAUCAUCAUGCUCAAAGGCAAGGAUGGAAUGUUCAUGAGCUUUGAUGAUGUCAUCUUCUAAAACCUAUUUAGGACUUAAAAGGAUGGCAUCAAGUUCAAAGGCAAUGAUGGAAUGUUUUAUAACCUUUACAGGAUGACAUCAUAAAGGCAGAGGUUGGAAUGUUGGUGAAGCUGGGGAUGUUAAUGUCUUCCAUCCAUUUUGCCCAGUAGUAGUCCAUAGUUGUGUCCCUCGCUCCUCUCCAGCUCCACCAUGAUUUGGAAACAUUAUCAGCACAGGGGAGAGGCCGUUGGUGAUUUAAUGUUGUUUCCUGGUUUUGAAGUGAAACGAUGCUUCCUCUCCUCCAGUCGCAGCGGUGUGAGCUGGUCAGUUUCUAGAACGUUGCAGCGCACCCUCAGCUCGGCUCAGCUCCUCGUUGUGAAUCUUUGGUCUGAAUUGGACUGUUUGGCUAACACAAGGAAUUCUUAGAAGACUUAAACUCUCUGUGGUGCUUCCCCCAAAGCAUUGUGGGAACUGCUGAGAAAUUGCAGCAGUUCAGGAGAAAAACCAGCCAGGACAGACUAAAGCUGUGAAAAGCAUGAGAGCAGUCAUGAUCAGUAACCUAGAAUAGUGUCAGACAUCGGUCUGUGUUUAAUAGUCGUAUUAGGAAAGGUUAACAAAUAAAAUGGCCAGUGCUGCCUUAUAACGCUGAUGGAUUAGUGAGAACUCUGAUGAUGAUGAUGAUGAUGAUGAUGAGCACAUCAUCAUCCUCUCUCAGCCAGACUGACGUUUAUAGUUGAACAGAGGUUUAUUGUUCAUCAUCACUAACACGCCGUACUGUCAAAGAUCUACCUCUGAUUUUACUUCUCCUUCUAGAGCCUGUCUGUAUUUAUUAAAGAUGACUCUGUUUCCACUGGGUCAUUGGUUUGAUCCCUUUGUCUAGAUCACUGAUACUCAACCUGUGGCUCUUUUAUGUCUUUGUUUUAAAUAUUAUCCCCCCAGAAAACCUUAAAAAAAGGGAAACCUGUUUCCCCUUUCACCAUUUUUUCCACUUUUCACCCAUUUAUGCUACCUUUUGCCAUUGAAUACCACUUUUUUCCGAGAUUUUGCCCAUUCUAUUUCUUUUGCCACUCUUAUUCCAUUU